AUGUAAAAUAUUGCAUAACAAUCAAAUCAAGAAAAAGAAGCUAACUAAAAAUUGUAAAAAACAAAUAGACCCACAUCUAGCAGGAGAUGCAAGUAGUAUAAGGAUUGGCAAAAACAAAAGAAAUUUCUUGAGAAGUAAAGGUAAAUGCUGAAGAAGGUGAAAGAGAAGUUAGAGAAGUAAAAUUAGUAAUUGGAGUCUCCAAAGUCUGAUGAGAAUGACAGUUUUGAGUCUGAUGAGAUUUUUUAAAGGCCUUGUUUAUUUUAUACAUUAAUGUGCACAGGAAUGAAUGGAAAUGAUUUUGAAUUCUUGGCUCUAACAGAUUUGAAACUUGAUCUAAUUAAGGAAGCUAUAACAGAAUAAAACAAAUGAGAGAAUAAAAAAUAUAAUAUUAAAU